GUAUUUAACACUGACACGAAGCUUAUUCCCUCUGGCUUGGCGCUCUGCUUCACAGCGAUUUGCUUCUGAAUCAAAAUAUGGAUACUUCAAAUCCUGCAGUCUUUGUCAAUGGAGAGCUGCUACGGUUAUAUGUUGGACGGAGGGUAAGGGCUGUUGUGCAAGUUGUUCGAUCUGAUGCUGGAGGCAUAAUUGGAAAAUUAACUGAUGAGAAGCAGAUAGUCGUGAGGGGCGUGCACCCAGGUGCUCUUGCGAAUUUUGUUGAAGUUAUUGGCAUAGCUGACAGUGAUAGAUCCAUUCGUGCUGAGAUAUGGACCAACUUUGGUGAUUCAAUUGAUACCUUUAGUUGCAAUAAGCUUUGUCAUCUUGCAAAUGGAGAAUUCAAGCACUUAUUCCUGUGAGGUAAGAUAAGCUUGCCUGAUGCUGCGAGGCCUUCUGUAUCUUUUGCAAAACAUCAAAGAGGGGAGACAUUAGAGUUAGGGACAGUGUACGGUAGCUACGCUGUUGAAGUUGGUUUCGGUUAUUUUGGUACAUAUUAUCAUAGAUUAUAGUAGCGUGAGCUUAUUUUCCGUUUUUUCACAUACGUGUUGUGUUCGUCAUGUUUCAAGGAGGCCCCAGGACUGAUGUCUCCUUCGCUAGAUAUGUUGCGAAAUAAAUACAUGCAGAUACAGACUAUGGGAUUUUAUCGAUUUUAUAAAACAAGUGUAAAAGGGAAAGACAAUAUUAGUUGACAAAGAAAGAAUA